GCAUUACCACCUGAUUUAACAAUAAUCAUAUCAUAAAUAAGCAGACGAGUCUCGCAUCUUCUCGCAGUCAAUGUGACUUGGAAUAAUCUAAACAGAGCGGGAUGUUGUGGUUGGGGUCUCAUGCCACCGGUGCCGCUCUGCUUCCUGAACGGGCUGAUGACCUCCUUUUACUGCGGGUUUUGAUUGUAACGUAGUUUUAGGCAAUUGCUUGAAUUAUGCGGAACUUGGCAGUAAUCAUGGCCGACAACGACGCUCACCAACAUCCUCGGCACAUGAUGUACGCUAAGAUGGAGAACCUGAUCCGCUGUAUGCAGUUUUCAGAGAACGCAAUUCCAGUACGAAGUCAAAAGCUUUUUCUUACCACAGUCCCGGAUGCAUUUGCAGGUCAAGAUCUUAUUGACUGGUUGUAUACCAAACUUCAGACUGAGGAGCGCCUCCACGCCAGCCAUCUUGCCAAUCUGCUCUGCCAGUAUGGCUACCUCUUCCCCGUGUCUGAUCAGAAAAACUUGGUGGUCAAGGAUGAUAACACUUUGUUCAGAUUUCAGACGCCAUAUUUUUGGCCUAGUAAUAAUUGGAAGCCAGAUCACGUGGAUUACGCCAUAUAUCUUGCAAAGAGAACGCUACGGAAUAAGCAGAGGCAUGGUUUGGAGGACUUUGAACAAGUUGCCUUCAACAAACUCCAGAAGAUGUUAGCACACAAGUGGGAUUUUAUCUUCAUGCAGGCUGAGGAACAGUUCAAGCAAUCCAAAGAGAGGAAGAAAGCUGACAAAAUCAUAGUUGACAGUCAGGAAAAGGCAUUCUGGAGAGUUCAGAGACCACCGCCUGGUCAGACACGCUGUCUGGAUGAAGCUGUGACAAGACACAUUAAACCAACCUUAAAGAAGAAGACUGUAGAAACAUGUCAGCGCGAGAUUGCAUUUCUACAAAGGUCACAAAAAAGGCCAAGAUUAAAAAUAUCAAAAGCUGCAGAGAGCAUUCUCCUGUUCAGCGAGCAGUACUACUCCCAUGAUCCUUUUCUCUCUGCGGUCCCACCGUCCAAUCCGUGGCUGUCUGACGACACGCUGUGGUGGGAACUGAACACGCCUCUAGUUGACACCCCAUCUGAGUUGCGUAUACGGAGAUGGGGCUUUAGCCUGGAAGAACUCCUCAAAGAUCCCACGGGGAUUGCAGAAUUCGAAGAGUUCCUGAAGAAGGAGUUUAGUCAGGAAAACUUGCAUUUUUGGUUAGCGUGUGAAGAAAUCAAAUACCUCCCAAAGUCCCUGGUAACAGAAAGGGUGCAGGCAAUAUACAGUGCAUUUCUGGCUCCUGGAGCCCCCCAUGAAGUGAAUGUAGACGGCAAGACAUACGAGUUAACCCAGAAAGCUAUAGAAAAUCCAGACAGGUUCACCUUCGAUGCAGCUCAAAGUCACAUCUUCCUCCUAAUGAAAAAAGACAGCUAUCAGCGUUACAUGCGUUCAGAAGAUUACCGGAAUCUUCUAGAAACUGCUGCUCUACAACCUAAUGCAAGGAAAGGAAGAUUUUUCAACUUUGGAAGCACCAAAUCCAAGAAGAGUCCCCAGCCCAGUCCCGGGUAUGUGAGGCGAAGGGGAAGUGAGAUCAGCGAUAGUUCUACCAGUGAUGCAGCACCAGUAUUAGGGGUCAAAGGUCACCACUCAUACAGCACAGGGAACCUUCAGUCUCUCCACCAGGCUUCACUCAGAUGGAAAUUAUCAACAGAGAAAGUGAACACGUUGUUAAGGUUGGAGGCAGGAGGUGACCUCUCUAAAAAGAGGAGUAGUGUAGACAGCAAAAGAACAACUUCAGGAACAGUGUUACCGAAAAGAAUUGAAAAACUGGACCUGUGCAAUUCUCCCAGUGGAGGAGGAGGAGGGCAGACUUCUAAAGAUACACUCGAGGUACCAUCAGCCCACGGUUCCUCAGAGGAGAGUGAGGAGAACCCCUGCAUGGCGCUGGCGGUACCCAGUAAGAUGAAUGUGGUGGCACCGUGGGAGACUGCAUAGCACUUUAGAAUGACUGCAGAGGACUGGAGAAUAAUUGCAUAGUAGGACUGGAGAAUGACUGCAUAAGAUUGGAGAAGGACUGCAGAGGACUAUAUGAUGCAAUGAGUCUAUAGGGUAAAAUAGACAUAGGAUAAAUACAUAGAAAUAUAUGAGGAAAUAGAAUUAUACAAUGUAAAAUUUCAAUAACUGUAUGACAAGGAUGAGAUAGGGUUUGAUGAUGACUUCACAGGACUGUGGUGACUGUAAAGGACUGUGAUGACUACAAAUGACAGUGUCACAUUGGACUGGUAAAAUUUACUGCAGAGACAGGCUGCCCAUGAUAAUUUGAUACAAAGGAUUUCAUGAUGGACUUCAAAGAAUGAUGUUCAACAGCUGGCUAGAAGUACUUAAAGGCUUCCUGGGGCCCAGAAAAGUGGAGACUGACUAUCACAAGUGGUUAUGUGAUAAAUGCAGGAGUUCUGUACAUGAUGUAACAGACUGUAGUGAUUAUAUAGAAUUGUAUUCAUAGAAUUAUUAGAAAACUGAUGUUACAUCACGGGAUGAGAUGUUAUGGAGUGAGAAAUUGAAACGUGGGAGCCAGUUGCAGUCUGUUGUAGGAAUAUGGCCAAUGUUCUUCCUAUUCUGUGAGAUACUGUAACUGUGGCACCAUCGUAGAAGAUACCAUGCAGUUUUUCUUUUGACAUACCUUUCAUGAAAGCAGUGUGCGCUAAAGAUACCAGUGCAUCAUAUGGAGAUAUGUCACUAUUCCAUGAUAGUCAUUACUCAUGUGGACAAAGAUAUUUGAUGAAAUUUGGUCGCUGUACUAGCUGGAGCUGCCAGCUGUAAGUGAUGCAGUUUGACUCAUAGAAACCUUUCCUUUUAUCAACAGGAACUUAACAUUUUAGGUGAUGCACAUAAGUUGUGUGGUACAAGUUCUUUACUGGAGUUUAAUCGAGUCUGCCUAAUACUAAUACCACGAGAUGACUAUAGAGUUCAGUCAAGUCUGCCUAGGACUACCACCAUGGGAUGACUAUAGAGUUCAGUCAAGUCUGCCUAGGACUACCACCAUGGGAUGACUUUAGAGUUCAGUCAAGUCUGCCUAGGACUACCACCAUGGGAUGACUUUAGAGUUCAGUCAAGUCUGCGUAGGACUAAUGUCAUGGAGUGACUAUAGAAUUCAGUCAAGUCUGCCUAGGACUACUGUCAUGGAAUGACUUUAGAGUUCAGUCAAGUCUGUGUAGGACUAAUGUCAUGGAGUGACUAUAGAACUCAGUCAAGUCUGCCUAGGACUACUGUCAUAAGAUGACUAUAGAGUUCAGUCAAGUUUGCCUAAGACUACUGCCAUAGGAUGACUAUAGAGUUCAGUCAAGUCUGCCUAGGACUACUGUCACGGGAUGACUAUAGAGUUCAGUCAAGUCUGCCUAGGACUAAUGUCAUGGAGUGACUAUAGAAUUCAGUCAAGUCUGCCUAAGACUACUGUCACGGGAUGACUAUAAGAGUUCAAGAUAACUUCACAGAGCUGGGUGUUGACUGCAUGUUAGAGAAAUUGACUGUUUACUGGAUUUCACUCCCUGAUUAUGGAAUGAUUUCUUUUUUAUGUCUUGUUAUACAUGUAUGUAAAGGAGAAGCAAUCCUCUGCCAUAACUGAUGCCUGUUGAGAGACAGCAACUGUUGGUCUGUUGUUUUGGAAUACUAAGUGACUGUGUGUAGAUCAGUCUACUGGGCCACCUGUUGUGGCAACACACAGUGUGAUGGGAUACCAGCUGGGAUGUGUUGGAUGUGUAGUGAUUGCGUUAGAUGAGAUGAUGCAGUGCAAUGGUCUUGUCCAGUGGAGGAGAUCAGAGCCCGUUGUUAAUUGUGGUAGAUGAGAUGUCCAGCCUUUGAACCCACGGACCUCACUUUACAUUGCAGCUCUUUCAGCAUAAUAUCUGGUUGUUCACAUCGUAGGCAACAUUCUGCCAGGUAUGCUUUGUAGUUCACUGAAUAAUGUGGAUUUGAGGAACUUGGUGAUUUGAAAGUGUAUUGGAUUUUGGGAAUGAUCUUUUAAUGGCUUGGUUGCACUCAACUUAUCCCCAGCAUCUCAUUUAUAUGAACAUAUAAAGAUAUACCGAUGAGAAACGUUUCAAAAACUGCUAGAUAGGAGAAAGUGGGGAAAGGCCUCAGUAUAAAAAAGAAGCACAAGGAGUUAAUGAAACUGCGUCUCCUAAUUCCGUCUCAGUUGUGGUUUCUACUUCAGUCAGUUCACCACUUUCAGCUACUUUGACAGACUUGGCCCUCUUACUGAACAAGCUUGACUUUAUUGGACAAGGUAGUGAAGACGAAAUGUGUAACCAAACAGAUUUUGUAUGGAAAAUAACAAUGGUAAAUUUGUAAAUAAGACUGUUGAUGUCCUUUAUUAUUAUUAUUGGAUGUGCAUAAGAUGGGAUUACCUUCAUAAUGUUUUAGAAACUCUAAAAUUCAGGGGGAAAUGUGUUGUAGGUUGAUCCGCCGUGUUGUGUUUUAUUUCAUCUAAGACUGGGUUCCCAUGCCUAGAUUGAUCCAACAGGAUUGGUCUAGCUCCAUGGGGAUUUACGCUAAAUUGCUAUCAAGUUAAGCACCUUUAAUGUCUGUCAUGCCUACCAAAUCAGCUAGGGGGUACUUUACUUUCAUGCACGCUCGGCCUCUAUUAGUUAAUUACCCCCUAACAGCUUUAGUAGGCGUAACAGCCAUUUAAGCUGCUUACGUUGAUAGCAAUUUAGUGAGAAUCCAAAGUCGAUCCAAAGUUAGUAAGAUCGUCUCUGGGAAUGGUCCCUAAGGUCAAGUGACAUCACAGGGAUAGCAGAGUUUGCAGAGAACUACUUUGCUUAGAUACCAUGUUGUUGUCUGCUUCCAUAACUUAAUCAACGUGUGCAAUAUAUAUGUAGGAUCACUUUACAGCUGCUAACUUCCCACCAUUGCAAUAAUGUAAAAAUGCUGAACAAAGUUCCAAUUUUAGUUUAUCACUUGAUAAUGUCAAUCAACUGUGCUACCACAUAUUGUUGUUCAUGUUUAAUCUACUGUAAAUAACAUUGUCAUGUUUUGACCUUGUUGUUGUAGAAGCUUUGUCUUACCUUUUAGACAACUUAUCCAAUAACGGAAGCAUUAAAUAUGCAUUGUUCUUGAUAUUUUAAAGCUGCACAAAUUUGUCAAGAUUUCUCUAGUUUCCUGUUGCUGGGACAUGUACAUUAUACACUUUUUGUUACAUAUAUAUAUCUAGCUGGUAUAUUCAUAUAAACAUAUAAGCCUUAUUGUUUCCAUGCGGGUCAUGGGUGUUUCUGAGGUAUAAGCAUAAUAUAAUUGACACCAUUAUUUAGUAUUGUUUUCGAGCUUUGAUAAAUACACAUACAUGGACCAUAGUCUUUAGGUGGAUAUAUCGAUUGUAGUGAUUGUUAAGUGAAAGGUUAGAUUUGUUACUUCAGUGAUAAGUUUAAAAUUUAGUGAAAUGUUCUGUGUGUAAUUUUAGAGACAACCAUGUACCUGCAGCUUGGUAGGUAUCCCACCAGGUGUUUUAUAGUUUAUUUCAUGUUUUGGUGGCAAUAAAAGGAGUUCAACAUCAAAAUCAUGCUCUUUAUGUUGCUUUAACAGCAGUGUUAGGUACAAAGUUUCAUUCUAAAAUAUUGUGAUUAAUUUGAAUAAUUUUUUUCCAUAUCCAUGUACCUUUAUUAAAAAUAUCUACAGAUAUCUACAGAUAAAAUGGCUUAUGGGAUUUGUUACGAAAAAAUAACAAAACAAUCAAUUUUGAAGGCAUCAUUGCCACUUUCUUAGUUGUCACAUUGUACCAGCUGUCUGUGUGCCGAAUCUUGGUUUUAGAUGAGCUUAUUGGAUCAGCAUCUAAAACCUAAAACUCACUGGAGCUACGACUUUUCAUUAGCAAUGUCCUUGUGAAACUUGUGAUGUUGACUUCUUUUAUUGCUGAAAUAAACUAAUUUUUUUUUUUUGAAAAUUAAAUAAAUAAGUUUUUUUUAAUUGCUUGUUAAUUACAUGUGCAAAGAUCUUUUUUUCCCAAUGACCUCCAUCUUGUACUGCAGGUAAAGAGGAGUGGAAUCUCCAGUACAUCCACCAUGUGUAAACGUUGGCAAAGUCAUGGACAAUUGAUUCAGCUGUUACUUUAUUAUAAAAUUGUAUGUUAUUUACUCCCACCACUGUUAAAGACUUAAUGUAAGUCACAGGUCUAUUUUUUGGAAAAGCAGCACCUACUUUGUUAAGAAUUGUUCAAGGGUAUUGGAAGAAUUCUAGCUGGUACAAUCACUAAAUGCAGGAAAAUUAUGGAUCCAGGGUCACUCACAUCUCUAAAUACAAGUAAUAAUUUAUCUCUACUUUGAACUGAUGUAAUUGUUCUGAGAGUCUGUGUGAUCUGGCAUUUAUUUAUGUUUUAGCAAAUAUGUUUGAACACUUCUAUCUUCUCAUUAUAUAAAAUGGCACAAUACUGUACACGUAGAUAGAGAGACAAUAUCAGCCCCACUGCCGCAGAACCAAUGGUCAUGUAAGAAAGAAGUGAUCUGACAUUUUAACAAGUGAUCUGACAUUAACUUAAAUAAGAUCUGACUGGUAUAAUACAUUUUAUUUCUGAACUUUUCUCAUACAAAUCUAUAUAAAUGUAAAUAUUUAAAAUAUUGUUACUA